GAGUAAGAAUAAAAUGACAUGAAUUUAGUUGAACCUACAGUUAUACAUGAAUGUUCGAGAUUGAAACACUGCUCCAUAAAUAUAUUGAUCGUUACUAGAAAUUAUGAACGCAAUAUUUAUUCUCUGUGCAGUUCUUGAAGUUCUGUUGCAAAAGGUUUAUUUAUCUGAAGCCCAAGUAAAUAAUGUUAAUAGAAAACAUGCUACUCAAAUGAAAUUUCCUGUCGAUGACAUUGAGUCAUGGCUUAAUCCUUCUGAUGGAGUUUUAGCAACGGAAAAUACUCCUGUUUAUAUUGUAAGAGAAGAUCCAAAUAAUGUUAAUAACUUUGUUAGUACUAAGCUUAAUAGAGCCAUGAAAGAAGCUCUUGCGUACUUGCGUCAACAUAAAUCUUUUGCGUUAUCUCAUCAAGCACAGUUUGUAAAUGUAAAUCAAAAUCCUGACGACAUAAACAGGGGAUCGACUAAAUUACCACCAAUUCAGAUGGCAUCAUCAUAUCCUACUAUAAUAUAUCCUAGGAUUAUUGUAAUUGUUGACAAUGAAUUAUUUAAAAAUGUGGGAUAUGACAUACGUGAAAUUAUAUUAUAUACUUUAGCAUAUUGGAAUGGCGUCGACUUAAUGUUUCGAAAUAUUGAGAGUCCAAAAAUUAGAAUCAAUAUUCCAGCGAUUCUAAUAGUUGAGUGCCCAACUUUCUAUCCAAAAUUUCACUUCGCACCGGAUAAAAUUCAUGGUGGUGACUUAAUGAGCCAAGCGAGGAGGUUGUUGAAUGACAACCAUUUUCCAAUUGAUAGUUACGAUAUGAUUGCUUUACUGAUAUCCAAUGAAUUGUACACUGACACAGAAUGGGUGGCAGGCUUGGCAGGUUUAGGAAAACCUUUGUCAUGUGUUGUUCGCGAUUGGGGACAUUUUAUGAGUAUUCGUGUUAUGGCUCAUGAAGUAGGACAUCUGCUUGGUAUUGAUCAUGAUGGCACGCAAAAUACAAAAUGUCCAGAAAGUGAUUAUGCCAUUAUGGCAACCAGCGAUUAUGUAGGACCUAAAUUCUCUGAAUGGUCAAACUGCUCUUUAGAUCAAUUAACUGAAGAAUUGGAAAAUAAAAAUUUAUAUAACAAAUUCGAUAUGCAAGGUGCGGCGGUUCCGAGAAUAUUACCUGGAAAAUUGACGGAUUUAGAUGAACAGUGUAUUCGCAGAAGUGGAGACAACACAAAAGCUAUGAAUGAAGAGGGUAAUUGCAAAACACUCACUUGUCAGGCAACGCCAAGUAAUGUUGACCCUAACUACAAGCGUACGUGGGUAUAUGGGCCAAUCGACGGGUCUUACUGUGGCCAAGGUAAAAUCUGUCUUCUUAGAAAAUGUGUGAAAAUCUCAUAAAUGACUCAAGUACUUCAAAUUUUCAACAAAAAAUACGCGACAAUAUUAACAAUAUUAAAAAAUUGUAAAUUAUCACUAUUUUUAAAAAUGGAUUGGUUUAAAUUAAUGCCAAUGAUUUGAAUCGUACUUAAUAAAAUUCUUUUUGAAAUUA